AUGCACGAGCCAGAAGCCGAGGCUGAACCCUGGAGCUUUCUCAACAUUGAUAAUAUUUUCAGUAACAAUUAUUAUGGAGACAGCUCUCAGCAUGAUGUAAAAAUUUGUCAUGAACAGUACAUAACAGAUAACAAUUAUGCUAACAUCGAGAACGAUGAGAUUAUUGCACGUUCUCUUCUUCAAGAAGAAUUAUCUCAGUUGUCAAUUGCAGAGUCUCCUAGAUUAUCACAUUCCGAGGAAGAAUACUUGCAAAAUUCCAAUAUCGUCCCAAAUUGGAAUGAUUCUUCAAAUAACUAUUAUCCCGACCAAGAGGCUGGUCAAAAUGAAAGUGAUGAUGAGGCUAGUUUAUGCUCCAGCCCUGAGGAUGGAUCUUAUGAUGGAGAUGAUUUUUCUUAUACUCUGGACAUAACAGAUGGGUCUGAACUUGAUGGAGAAGUCGAAAAGAGGUUGUACCAAAUGGUUCCUGUUCCUCACAUUCCAAGAAUUAAUGGAGAUAUACCCUCAAUUGACGAAGCAACUUCUGAUCAUCAGAGGCUACUAGAUAGGUUACAGUUAUAUGACUUGAUAGAGCACAAGGUUCAAGGAGAUGGAAAUUGUCAGUUUCGUGCUUUAUCUGAUCAGUUUUAUCGAACCCCUGAACACCACAAAUUUGUGAGACAGCAAGUUGUUCGUCAGCUUAAAGCUCAUCCUGAAAUAUACGAGGGGUAUGUUCCAAUGGAAUAUGCCGAUUAUCUCAAAAGGAUGUCCAAGAGUGGGGAGUGGGGUGAUCACGUCACGUUACAGGCUGCUGCUGACUCGUAUGGCGUGAAGAUUGUCGUUGUAACUUCUUUUAAAGACACAUGCUACAUCGAGAUUCUUCCCAUGGACCAACAGUCGAAAAGAGUCAUAUAUUUGAGUUUCUGGGCUGAAGUGCACUACAACUCAAUCUAUCCUCAAGGAGAUCUACCCCCGAGCGAUCUCAAGAGAAAGAAGAAGUGGUGGAACUUUCGAAACAAGCAAUAA